AUGAUCAUCGGGAUUCCCACAUCACAUGUUUCCCGACCAGAUUCCAUGGGAUGGUUUUUUACGAAGACAGGUCGGUAUACGGUUAAAUCGGGAUACGCGCUAGCACAAAAAAUGCUGGCGAAUGAUAGCCCCAAUUUCUUUGGACCCGAUACACGGAGGCUCCAAUCACAUGUGUGGAAAGUACGAUGCACUCAGAAAUUACAACAUUUUAUUUGGCAAGCUCUGACGGGCUGUAUAGCAGUCGGAGCACGACUACGGAGUCGUGGCAUGCAGAUAGAUCCACAAUGUAUGCGUUGUGGAAUGGCCCCAGAAACAGUGAAUCACACUUUGUUUGAGUGUCCACCGGCAUUACAGGUUUGGGCAUUAUCUCCAAUCCCAACGGUUCCCAAUCAAUUUCCGACAGAGGGGCUGUUUACAAAUAUGGCACACCUGUUCUGGCACUUACCAAAAGAUGAAAGGAUGGGGAUGUACCCUUGGUUAAUUUGGUACAUUUGGAAAGCUCGAAAUGAUAAGGUUAUGGAAAAUGUGGACUGGGACCCAAAUGAGAUAAUUGUUAAAGCGGCAGCGGAGAGUUUGGCAUGGGCAGCGGCCCAGGAACGACGAGCGACGGCGCAUUCCCACACAGAAACCCUAGUGCAAACACCGAUAUCAGGUGACAUUUGUCAGGUGGACGGGGCUUGGAAAGACACAGAGUGUAGAGCUGGUUUAGGAUGGUACUUUUUCAACACGGAUUCUCCUGAUAAACUUAUGGGAACAUGUAAUUUGAGGCGGGGAAUAUCCCCACUUCAGUCAGAGCUGGAGGCUCUCAUUUGGGCCAUGCAAUGCAUGAUACGGCAUAACAAAUUGGUAAUGGUGUUUCAGACGGACUGUUCCGAUGUGGUGAAGAUGGUGUCUAAACCAGAGGAGUGGCCGGCGUUCUCAACACUACUUGACGAGGUUGACAGAUGUAAGAGGAGAUUCACCUCCUUCAACAUCAUGCAUAUUCCAAGGACGAACAACACGAAGGCAGACAAGUUAGCACGAAGUGCUCGAGAUCUACCUACAGAUGUGUAUUAUGUAAACUCUAUUUCACCAGUUUGGAUUCCCGAGCUGUUGUAG